AUGGGAAAACAUAAGCAAUGGAGAAGAAUAGCAAAGCGGGAGAGAAGAAGAAGAAUUCGCACACUAAAAGCCAGGGAACAAGACCCUCUACCUUCACCUUCAUCUGCUGAAUAUUUAGUAUGGCUCAGAGAACAAGAAAUCCUAGAAAAAUAUGAAUUUGAACAAAUAGAUAAAACUAACAAAGAAGAAAAUGAAAAAUGGAUCCAGGCGGAAAUUAUAACUGUAGAAAAGUUAAGGAAAAUUGCAGCAGACAAAGAGAAGCAACACCAAAUAGAAUUAGAAAAUAAGUUAAAAUUACAACAAGAAUGGGAAUUAGAAAAACAAAGAAAAAUAAAAGAAGAGGAAAGAUUAAAAGAAAUUGAAGAGCAAAAUAGACUAAAGCAAGAAAAGUUUUUGAUAAGUUUGGAAAAGUUUUUAUCUGGCGACUUAUCAGAACCCCCACAAGAACUCUUACUCUAUCAUGAGUCUAGACCAAAUGCUGAGUUAUGUCCCUUCUUUAUCAAAACAGCCUGUUGCAGGUUUGGUGAUCAGUGUUCAAGGAAUCAUCAAUAUCCAGGAAUUAGUAAAGUACUAUUGGCAAAAAACUUUUACCUCCAUUUUGGUUUGGAAAAUGCAAAUUUUAAUGAGUAUGAUACAGAUGUUAUGUUAGAGUAUGAAGAUGGUGACACUUAUAAGCAUUACAAAGAAUUUUUCUAUGAUGUCCUUCCUGAAUUCCAAAAACAUGGUCUAGUUGUAGAAUUUAAGGUUUGUAAUAAUUACGAAAACCAUCUUCGCGGCAACACCUACGUUGAGUUUGCAGACUUGCGCUCCGCAGUAAAAGCUUAUCGCUCGCUGCAUGCGCGCUGGUACGGCGGCCGACAGUUGUCGCUAGAAUUUUGUCAAAUUUCAUCCUGGAAAACUGCAAUAUGUGGUCUUCAGUCGAGAAAACGGUGUCCUAAGGGGCGUGCAUGCAACUUCUUACAUGUUUUUAAAAAUCCUGAAAGGAUAAUAAGACAUCACUAUAAACAAUCUCACAGGAGACGAAGAUCGUCUGAGCGCUCAUGGCGGUGGUCAGAAUCUCCAGAAAGAGAAACACCCAACAGAACAAUAUCAACUUCAAGGGAUAGAAGAGAUAGACAUUCAAAGAGACGUCGUCAUCGUUCUGAUAAAUAA